UGAAGCCGCUCGUCUCGGCAAGCACGGAGAAGAAGGAAGUGCCAGACCACAGAGUUGUAGGUGCUCUCAGAGACGCUGACCUGUUAAAAAUCUUGUCCAGCCGAGCAGUGAAUUCUCCGAUGUUUUGAAAGCAGAGGCAGGUCCCGACAGCAAUCUCAGAAGAGCAGGCUCUGGCCGGAGAGAUGAUGCUCAGGAUGCCCAACUCUCUGCUAAAGCUACCCAGGGUGCUGCUGAGCCACAAGCACAGGGCUCUGUUCAUCCUCACCCUCAUGUUGAUGUCCUUUGCCUACCUCACGUUGUACUGGAGAAUCGUGGAGGACUCCUACGGCAGUGGCCUCUACGACCUGCCUGGGGAAUUCAACUGUGCUCACUCUGUGCCUUUUUCCCUUCCAAAUGCUGGGGAGCCCUCUCCUUCCAGAGGGAACGUGUUUUUCGUGGAGACCUCGGAGCGGAUUAACCCAGGUUACCUGUUCUCGUGCUCUGUGGAGUCAGCGGCCAGGACACACCCCAGGACAAGCGUUGUGGUGCUCAUGAAAGGCUUGGCAAAAGGAAAUGCCUCCUUACUCAAACACUGGGUUUUCUCCUUGCUGAGCUGCUUCCCCAACGUGGAAAUCCGGCCCCUGGACUUGCCAGAGCUCUUUUCUGGAACGCCUCUGAAGAAGUGGUACUUGUGGCCUCUGCGGCGCUGGGAGCCUUAUUUCCUACCCGUCCUGUCUGAUGCGUGCAGAAUUGUCCUCAUGUGGAAAUUUGGUGGCAUCUACCUCGAUACAGACUUCAUUGUGCUUAGGAACUUAGAGAACCUCACCAAUUCCCUCGGGAUACAGAGUGAGGAUGAACUGAAUGGGGCCUUUUUGUCCUUUAAGCCCAAGCACAGGUUCAUGGCGCUUUGCAUGAAAGACUUUGUGAAGAACUACAAUGCCUGGAUCUGGGGACACCAGGGCCCACAUCUCCUAACACGUGUCUUCAAGAAGUGGUGCCCCAUCAGGACUAUUCAGAGCAUGAGCUGCAAAGGGGUGAGGGCUCUUGACCCAGAAGCAGUUUAUCCUAUUCCCUGGCAGGACUGGAAGAAGUUAUUUGAGGCAACCAGUGCCUCGGAGCUUCACAAACUCCUUAAGAACACCUAUGCAGUGCACAUAUGGAAUCAAAUGAACCACAGGACCAGGCUAGAGAUCCCUUCCCAGGCUCUGCUGGCUCAGCUCUAUUCUCAGUUCUGCCCCGCCACCUAUGCAAAGAUGAAACAGGACUCUCAAGAGUGGUCAAGGCCUGCAAUGUGACCUGUGGGCCCUUGGCAGCAGAGAAGUUCCCCAAUCUGAAGCAAACUGAGUGCCUUUGACCUUCCACAGUUGUUUUCUAGACCAGGGAGCAGAUGUUCCAUGUGACAGCUCUAUGAUU